AUGCUUCAAAGCUUGCAAACGAUUCUUCGAAGGAACAUAUCAAGUAAAUCUUCAAGUCUCGUGAAGAUAAAACCUAAUAACUUUAAUGCUAUUGCCACUAAUUAUGGUUGGUUUGUAGUUCCGAAGACACAUUAUGGUUUCCGAUGGACUAUACCAAGAAUUCAUAGUGCAAUACAAGAAAAAUAUGAGGACCCCGCAAGUGUGCCCAAGGAUAUUGCGACGCUUCAGGCUGUAGUUGAUGAAUGGGUUGAGAAGGUAGAUUUGAACCAAAAGCCGGAGGCGUUGAAAAUGAAUCGAAAAGAAAUCAGGCGACUUAAAGACGAAGCAAUAUACCGAUCCCAGCUUAAAGACAACGAUGUUACCACUGAGCCGCAAAACAAGUUGCAGGAUGCUGUUUCCGUUAGAAAGACAAGAAGAAAGUCAAAUAUGGAUCGUGUGACGUUCAUACAUGCUUGGAACUAUUUUUUCUCUCUUCAGCACAAUAGAUAUAGUCACUUACCCACAAAAGAAUCAAGGAAGGAAAUAUCUAACGAGUGGAAUUCACUAUCUGUCGAAGAGAAAGAAGCAUAUCGUGAAAGUUAUUCAGAUUUGCUCAAGGAAGGCAAGGACGUUUAUAGAGGUAAAAUUGUGACUAGAGAGGAAAAGUUAAAAAGGUCUACACAAAAGAAGAAAUAA